GUACGUACCAGGGCCAGUGGGUGGGGGGGAUGCGGCAGGGAUACGGCCUGCGGCAGAGUGUGCCGUACGGCAUGGCGGCCGUCAUCCGCUCUCCGCUGCGUACCUCCAUAAACUCCUUGCGCUCGGAGCACAGUAACGGGAUGGCUCUGCUCCCGGACCGGGCCGGCGUGGCGUGCGUGGGCGGGAUGGGCUCCUCUGGCAGUCCGGCCGUGUCACGGGGGGGCUUCGUGCUCACGGCACACAGCGAAGCAGAGCUGCUGAAGGGCAAGAAGAAGGGUUUGUUCCGAGGCCGCUCCAUCCUCAGCGGACUCAAACUGAGGAAGUCAGAGUCCAAGAGCUCUCUGGCCAGCCAGCGCUCCAAGCAGAGCUCGUUCCGCAGCGAGGCGGGCAUGAGCACGGUCAGCUCAGUCAACUCCACCAUCAGCCUGGGAGAGGGCGAGGCCGAACUGGCCGCCACCGAGGACGAUGUGGAUGCCACGGCAACAGAGACCUACUGCGGUGAGUGGAAGAACGACAAGCGCACAGGCUUUGGCGUGAGCCGGCGUUCAGACGGCCUGCACUAUGAGGGGGAGUGGAUGGGAAACAAGCGGCAUGGGUACGGCUGCACAACCUUCCCUGACGGGACCAAGGAGGAGGGCAAGUACAAGCAGAAUGUCCUGGUGAGCGGCAAGAGAAAGAACCUGAUCCCCCUCAGAGCCAGUAAGAUCAGAGAGAAGGUGGACCGGGCUGUGGACGCGGCUGAGAAGGCUGCAGACAUCGCCAAGCAGAAGGCUGAGAUCGCCAUGUCCAGGUAAGACCCAGCAACAGGUCCAUGUGGCCUUCCUAGCAGGCCUUACUACCAGGAGGUCCAUGUGGCCUUCCUAGCAGGCCUUACUACCAGGAGGUCCAUGUGGCCUUCCUAGCAGGCCUUACUACCAGGAGGUCCAUGUGGCCUUCCUAGCAGGCUGUGGUAUAUCAGACCGUAUAGCACGGGUAUGACAAAACAUUUAUUUUUACUGCUCUAAUUACGUUGGCAACCAGUUUAUAAUAGCAAUAAGGCACCUCGGGGUUUGUGAUAUAUGGCCAAUAUACCAAUGCUAAGGGCUGUAUCCAGGCGCUCUGCGUUGCGUCGUGUGAAAGAACAACCUUAGCAGUGGUAUAUUGGCCAUAUACCACACCCCCUUGUGCCUUAUUGCUUAAUUAUAGUAGUCUGUGUAUAGGAGGCUGGUAGAGGGCCAGCUUUGGGUCAGGCUUGAUGGAUAGAGGGCUUAUGGUAUCUCCAAAUAGCAAUUACUAGAGCUUAGUUUGCUGUGGCAAAUUGUGACUAUUGGACCUAUGCCUUCAGUGGCGAAAAAUAAUCUUCCAACACGUUGUACCGAACUCCAAAAUCACUAACAGUGACACGUCAAAGGAUGUGAUUGUGACUCGCUCGUGAUCAGUGGUGUUAGUGUGGGCUAUAAGCAGGUAUAUGCCAUAUACCAACUUUUGUUUCGGUGGGCAUUGCGUAUACUCACUUUUUAAUCUCCACUGAUGUGUAUCAAAGUAGUGUAAUGGAGGUAUACUAUACACCGUAUCAAUUAUGUAGUACAAUAGAGAAAUCAUGCACAAAGUAGCCUACGACAUCGCAAAGCACAAAAAUAUUCACAUGCGCGCUGCCGCACAUAGCUUAGUUUCACCAGAGGAUCAUCUCAAGAGCAAGCAGCUCUCAACUGGUUGUUCGCCUGCAACCUGUACUCAUGGGUAGACGUAACAUAGUAAAAUAAAAUCCAGGACACUCAAAAUAGUAUGAUCUGUUACGUUUGGUAUGGUAUAUAGUAUGUAUUAAUUUGUGGAUGUCCAUCAUCCAUUUUGUAUGAUAUGUUACGAAUUAUAAUUAGUAUGAUAUGUUACGAAUUACAAUUCAUAUGAUAUGUUACGAAUUGGAAUUCAUACAAUAUGUUAGGAAUUUGCAAUACGUAUGAUAUGUUACAAAUUGCAAUUUGUUGUGGCUAACGUUAGCUAGGUCGCUAGAUGGCUAACGUUAGCUAGGUGGCUAAUGUUAGCUAGGCUAGGGGUUAGGGUUAGGGGUUAAGGUUUUGGUUAAGGUUAGGGUUAUGGUUAGGGUUAGCUAACAUACUAAGUAGUUGCAAAGUAGCUAAAAAGUAGUAAGUAGUGCAAAGUUGCUAAUUAGCUAAAAUGCUAAAGUUGUCCAUGAUGAGAUUCGAACCUUUGGGACGUUUGUGUGAUUGUGUGAUAUCAUGAAGAUUUGUAUCAUUUGGGAGGUAAUUUGUUUUGCAAACCCUGCCAUCACUUGUAGCCUACACUGUAGGCCUACAUUGUACAGUAGCAUACAGAAACACCAUUAGCCAAACGGUCUCUUGCAUUGAAUUAAAGGGACCCUCCUUUUUUCCAGACCUAAAAAAUGGUCUCCUGAUGUGGUUUAAGCAUUGUUGUGGACUUAUUUUUCAUUUUUCUAUUUAAAGAAAAAGUGUGAUUUUGAUAGUGAAAGCAUAAAAAACUAUAGGAAAAUUCAUAUAUAUUUUUAAAGAAAACAACAUAAUUUUUCACACAGGGCGCCUUUCCUUUGCCGGGCGGACCGUUUGGACAUUUUUGGGCAGAGUAUACCCACUUCUCCAGGCACCACUUCACCCUGUGAUGCUGAAAGGACAGUGACUAUAAUACCAGCGUACUCCAUGUAGGAGAGCACACUUUUUGUAAAACACAUAGAGCCACUAGAAAGACAGCAGUCACACACAGCAUUAUGUUAAAGGAUAAGAAGCUCAUUCACUCAGACAUAAUAAGCCAGUAUGUCCCAAUCAUAAGAAUACAAAAACACAACCAUUAGGCUAAGCAUUUCCCAAUCAAAAUGUACAACUAUUAUACAUCUCAUUAUGAUACAUCUCAUCACGUUCAGCACACAAAGUACCCAGUGAUCAAUCUAAAGUUUAAAUGCAACAAUGUUAUUUUCAAAGAGAUAGCUAACAACGGCAAGCGAGCUGCAAUAAAAAACACUGUUCCAUUCACCAAAUGGUGAUAAUUUGAAACAUCACUUCUUGUUGAAAGUUCAUCUUGAAAAGGGCGAAGCUACAGCAACAAAUUAGCAACAACAUCCUCUUCAAUAACACCUGCUGCAGCUGCUAUACACUAUUAACUAGCUUACAACAAAAGCUGGCUAGCUAAACCGUGGGAAAACUACUGCUCGCUAUUGUGCAGUGACGUGUCCGCCUUCGAGAAGCUGUACGUUUCCAUACGUUUUUUGUAAAAACUGUCCCACCCAUUACAAGUCAAAAUGUGAUUGGUUGAUUCCACUGUCACUCCAAAAUUCUGGCCUAAUACAGUUGAAUGGCAAAUGCCUUCAUUCUAGCUUCUGAGGGCCUAGCCAAUGGCUGACUUAGCUAGCUAGAUUUAUCUCCCCAGAGACAACAAAGAAAAUCCCUGAUUGGAUCUUUUUUUUGCUUCAGUGUUAACCCUUUCCUUUCCAAAACAACCAGAAGAGAUUCAAUCAGAAUAUCAUUGAGAAGAAUAAUAUAAUCAGAAUACCAAAAAUGUAUAUUUUAAAACUACAACAAUUAUUGUAUAAAUCCUUAUGCCUUCUCUGAAGGCGUAGAAGGCCCUCACGAUUCCCCACUGUUAGUUUGUGUAUCCCCUACUGGACUAAGGAACUGUAAGAAUGUAUGGUAACAUUGAGCUACAUCACAUUGUAUUUAUUUUAACAAACUGUCCUCAGUGACUAUUCAUUUACUUACAAACUAGGGUUGGAUUACAUAGCUGGUUGCUCUUGGAACUCUGCAUGGCCCACUAUACUGAGUUCCUCUUCCCUGACCAAGCCAGACUGGGGUCUGAAUGAGGCUGGUAUGGAUUGUUUAAACACGUUGCCCAGAACCUUGAUGGGUCUAUAUUGAUGGGUGAGCAGUAGAGGCACAAUCAAUGAUGUGGGUAUACACGGUCAUGGUGUCAUGGUUAUAAACUAUUACAUCAUUAUUUGAAAGCAUAUGUGCAUUUGUUUUUGAAUGUGCGUGUGUGUGUCUGUGACGUGUGUGUGUGUGUGGUGUGUGUGUGUGGCGUGUGUGUGCAUGCACAUGUGUAUCUGUGUCAAUGCAUGCGUGCAUGUGUGUGUGUGUGUGUUUAUGUGUUUGUGUGGUUGACAGAGAGAGAUAAAGAGAAAGCGCAAUUAGGCCAUAAACUUUGAUAACAGAAUAUCUGUGUGAUCUGCCUGUUUAUUGACUUAGUUCUGCACUCCUGUGUUGGGCCGUGGAGGCCUACUCCUGGAGGGAGAAAGGCAUGGGAGAGAGAGAGAGAGAGAGAGAGAGAGAGAGAGAGAGAGAGAGAGAGCGAGAUGAAGCCAGAGAAGAGAGAGAAGAGAGGAGAGCGAGAGAGAGAGAGAGAGGAGAGAGAGGAGAGAGAGAGAGAGAGAGAGAGGAGAGAGAGAGAGAUUUCUGCAUUAUGCCAACAGUGUUGGCGGACAGCCGUAGAGAGACAAGGAAGGCUGAACUGGAGGCUGGCCCGCACACACACAAUUUACACAUAAAUAUAUGUGCAUGCAAACAAAUGUUCAAACACCCACGCUUACAACCUUCAUACCCAGCACACACUUCCAAGAUCUCCAAAGUCUUAACUAUGCAUAUCGAUUAAUUAUUAUAUGAUAGGACGCAACCCCAAAGGGUAUUACUCUAAAAACUAGGGACUUAAGUCUUGUUUUACAUAGCUAUGUUACAUUUUGUGGGCUUCUGUACACCUCCAUGUGUGUGUCUGUGUCUGUGUUUCUACACAUACGUACAGUACAUGCAAGGGUAUGCAUUUUCUAUAUUUGGUUCUAAAACUCAAAUCCUAUUUAAGCUCAUCAAACUCUUCCAGGCACACUGGCUACAGCUAAGUACCUACACAGGGCGGCAGGUAGCCUAGUGGUUAAGAGCGCUGGGCCAGUUACCGAAAGGUCGCUGGUUUGAAUCCCCAAGCUGACUAGGUGAAAAACAUGCCGAUGUGCCCUUGAGCAAGACACUUAACCAUAGUCACUCUGGAUAAGAGCGUCUGCUAAAUGAUAA